CCGUCUAGAGUUUCUGUCCCACCUGCCUCUGGCUUGCUCCCACCCCAGCUGCCACCAUGUCCAUGAAGGUCACCCAGAAAUCCUACAAGAUCUCCUCGACGUCGGGCCCCCGGAGCUUCAGCAGCCACUCGUACUCCAGUGGGCCCGCCUCGCGCGUCGUCAGCUCCUCCACCCUGACCCGGAUGGGCAGCACCAGCGGCGGCCGGGCUAGCUUCAACAGCAGCAUGAGCCUCAUGGGGGGCUACGGGGGCGUGGGCAGCAUGGGGGGCAUCACAGCUGUCACGGUGAACCAGAGCCUGCUCAAACCCGUGCCGCGGGAGGUGGACCCCAACAUCCAGGCCGUGCGCAUCCAGGAGAAGGAGCAGAUCAAGACCCUCAACGACAAGUUCGCCUCGUUCAUCGACAAGGUCCGGACUCUGGAGCAGCAGAACAAGAUCCUGGAGACCAAAUGGAGCCUCCUGCAGCAGCAGAAGACGUCACGCAGCAACAUGGACAACAUGUUCGAGAGCUACAUCAACAACCUGCGGCGGCAGCUGGAGGGGCUGGCCCAGGAGAAGAUGAAGCUGGAGGUGGAGCUCGGCAACAUGCAGGGGCUGGUGGAGGACUUCAAGAACAAGUAUGAGGAUGAGAUCAAUAAGCGCACAGAGAUGGAGAAUGAAUUUGUUCUCAUCAAGAAGGACGUGGAUGAAGCUUACAUGAACAAGGUGGAGCUGGAGUCCCGCCUGGAAGGGCUGACCGAUGAGAUCAACUUCUACAGGCAGCUGUAUGAAGAGGAGAUCCGUGAGCUGCAGUCCCAGAUCUCGGACACAGCUGUGGUCCUGUCCAUGGACAACAGCCGCACCCUGGACCUGGACGGCAUCAUCGCCGACGUCAAGGCCCAGUACGAGGCCAUCGCCAACCACAGCCGGGCUGAGGCGGAGAGCAUGUACCAGAUCAAGUACACAGAGCUGCAGAAGUUGGCUGGAAAGCACGGGGAAGACCUCCGCCGCACGAAGACGGAGAUUUCCGACAUGAACCGCAACAUCACUAGGAUCCAGGCGGAGAUCGAGGGCUACAAAAACCAGAGAGCGACCCUGGAGGCGGCCAUCUCGGACGCGGAGCAGCGCGGGGAGCUGGCCCUCAAGGAUGCCAGGAACAAGCAGGCCGAGCUGGAGGCCGCCCUGCAGAGGGCCAAGCAGGACAUGGCGCAGCAGCUGCGCGAGUACCAGGAGCUGAUGAACGUGAAGCUGGCGCUGGACAUCGAGAUCGCCACCUACCGCAAGCUGCUGGAGGGCGAGGAGAGCCGGCUGGAGUCUGGUAUGCAGAACUUGAGCAUCCACACCAAGACUUCCAGCGGCUACGCAAGUGGGUUGAGCUACGGCAGCCUCCCGAGCCCCGGAAUGACCAGCCUGAACUCCAACUUCAGCUCCAUCGGCAGCCCUGGCGGCUUCACUCGGGUCAGCUCCACCAAAGCCGUGGUGGUGAAGAAGAUCGAGACCCGGGACGGGAAGCUGGUGUCUGAGUCCUCCGACGUCCUGUCCAAGUGAAGGGCCGCCUCGGGCCCUCCUCGCAUCUUUGGGCGCCGGAGUUGCUCAGGGGCGACUAGAGGUUGGAGACAGACCUGAAGCUCAGCUCCUCAGAUGCUCCGGGGCAGAUGUCCCCCGGGGUACCCCACCCCACGGUCCCCUCCCCCAAGUGAAGGCUCACCGAAGUGUCUUUUCCAAAAUAAAG